CAACAAAUUUCUUGUUUAGAGUGUUCAAUAAUACUUUAUUUAAAUACAAAUUUUUGUCAUAAGUGUAGUACUACUAUUAAAUUGGAAUUACUUUAUAUAAGUCAAUCAACUAAAAAUAUAAAAAAUAUGUAUUUUAAAAAUUUAGUUGAUAAAAAAAAGCAAAUUUAUGAAUCUAGAAUUGCUAAUCAAAUAGAAACUCAUAAAAAUAUUCGUAGCAAUAUUAUUUUUAAAAAAAAUAAAAAUAAUAUUAUUACUAAUAUUACUACUAAAAAGAAUAUACUUGUUAAGUUAUUAUAUUACAAUUUACAUUAUAGUAAAGGAAUAAUAGUCAAAAAUGCAAAAACUUAUAAAACAAAGUUUAACAUUAAAGAUUUAAUUGAAGAUAUUUUAAAAUUACUUUUAAUACUUUUUGAAGAUAAGGUCAAAAGAUGUUAA